CGGAAACUAAUGAGAAGGACAAUUUCAAAGAAAAUAAAUAAAAUGGAUGUGAAAAUUAUGUCCAAAGAAAUCAUCAAGCCUUCCACACCAACACCGAACCACUUGCGGAACUUCAAAUUCUCCCUCUUAGACCAGUUCUCACCUGAAUUAUACAUUCCGGCUAUCCUCUUCUAUCCUAUCAAUGAUCCCCGCCUCAACAUCUCACAAACCUUGAAUCACCUAAAGAGGGCACUCUCGGAAACCCUAACGCGCUUCUACCCAUUUGCCGGUAGAAUUAAAGACUUGGUUUCUAUAGAUUGCAACGACGAAGGAGUUGUAUACGUAGAAGCUCAGGCUAGCUGUCAUUUGUCAAAGUUUCUUGCGAAUCCCAAUAUUCGGCUCAUCAACAAGCUCCUUCCUUGCAACCCUAAUCACAAAGAAGAGAACUAUUCGUCCUUAGUCGCUUUGCAGGUGACCGUUUUCGGUUGUGGAGGGAUAGUAAUCGGGUGCGGCAUGUUCCACAAAGUUGGCGAUGGAACCACAAUGAGCGUCUUCCUAAACAGUUUGGCCGAAACAUUCCGCCGCCAGGAUAACCAAUCAUCAGAUUCAAGCACCAAUAUCGAUUUCACACCCGGUUCAUCCCUCUUCCCUUGCCAAUCCCUGCCCACCGGUUUACUCUCCUUCUUUGACAAAUUCUACUUCGUCCACCAGAAAAUCAAUACCAGAAGAUUCGUAUUCACCGCUGAAUCACUCGCUGCUCUCAAAUCCAAAUCCGCCAGCGAAUCCAUCCCCAACCCAACCAGAGUCGAAGCCCUAACUGCCUUCCUCUUGAAACGAUUCAUGGCCGCUUCCAAACAAAUCCGGGGUAAAUCGAUCACCUCGUUGAUGACGCACGCGGUGGACAUGCGGAGGCGGAUCGAUCCGCCGCUGCCGGGAGACACGCCGGGUAACCUGGUCUGGUUAGUGAGCGGUUUCUUCGAUCCACCCGAAUCGACGGAGGUGAAGCUGUCCGAGCUGGUGGGGAUGGUGAAAGAAACGUUUGGGAGUUUCAAUAAUAAUGCGAUAAGGAGUUUACAGGGGGACGAAGGAUUUUUAUUGGCAAGUUCUAGGCUUAAGGAGAUGGAGGCGGUUCACGCGAAUGUGGAGUUGGAUACGUUUAGGUUCACGAGUUGGUGCAAUCUGGGGUUCUAUAGCGUGGACUUCGGGUGGGGGAAGCCGAUUUGGGUGGGUCACAUGGGGGAUAUUGAGAGUACGCCGGCCAAGAGUGGGGUUGUUUUCAUAGAAAGCGGCGGAGGUGGUGGCGGGAUAGAGGCGUGGAUGAUGCUGGAUGAGAAGGAAAUGGUUGUGAUUGAAAAUGAUACCGAGUUUCUGGCUUUUGCAUCUCCAAAUCCCAACAUUAUUAGUACUAUUACCCGCUGAAACUGAUGAUUAAACUUCGGGCGAUUCCGGUUUUCAUAUGUAGUUUUUGCGAAUUGAGAGCUUCUGGCUUGCUUUUUAUGAAGACGGUAGAUCUACCGUCUUGAUAAAAAUAAAUAUUUAUAUUAAUCUUUUAAAUCUAAAGUUGCGCUCUACGGUAGAGUAAAAAUGUAAUAAAAUUACUAUAGUGAUGGUAAUUAAGCCAUGCCAUGAAUUGUAAUAAUUAAGACUUUAUUAAUUCUACAAAAGCCU